AAAUGUUUACUUCGAGGAUCGGCGGCAGCUCGCGCGUAGUCCCUGGCAGCCAAUCUGGGCCCGGUGACGCGCGCGCGAGGCAGCACGGCUCCGUGCUCAUAUUUAACACAGUAGUGCGCGAGAAUAAGCGACAGUACCCGGGACGCGAGCGCGCGGAUGCAGACACCUGCCACAACACAGCCGGCUUUUCAUUCAUUUUCCCCAUUCGAACUGUUUCGUUUCCUUGCUCCUACACGACUUGUGUAUUUUUUUAUUUUUUUUUGCAUUGCACGGGCUUGAUUCAAUGCAUUAGGGCGAUGUGUUGGUGAUAAAAGGAUGCACCGGUGCUUUAACGGUCACUGAGGACUGCACUGCUACGGUUUCUUAUUGCGCUUUUUUUUCUUCUUUUUCUUCACUGGGAUGGAGGGCAGUUCCGGAUUUAUAGCUUGUCACCUUCAAAAACUGUAGGUGUACCAGGAGGAUGCACGAUCUAUAAAGCUAUUUAAAAGGGGGAAAACAAUUUUUUUUUAAUUUAUAAUAAUAUGACCUGGACGCAAAUGAAAAAUCCUAGGUAAAAAAAAUCGACCAGCGCGGAUUACACUUUGAAAUGAAAGCCGAUGCACAUCCAAGAAGUACCGCGCGGCGUGUUUUCGUUUCAGCAUCCUUAAAAACCCCACUAAUGUGGCACUCGGAUUGAUCCAACUAGCCGCCGUGUGUAACGACCAAGAUGAUCCUAUUCCGCAAAUUCCGCGUGCUGCUUCUCAUGGUUUUUCUUGUAGCAUGCACCAUGCACAUCAUGAUCGACUUGCUGCCCAAGCUGGAGAAAAGAGCAGCAGGAGCGGACUCUGCCAACUCGGGCUGUUCUUGCGCGCACGAGCCGAGCGAGGCGCCCCGCGGCCGCAGCAAGCAGCAGCAGCCGCCGCAGCCACCGCAACAGCAGCGCCCGAGGUCCGGAGCACCAGCGGAAGCGAGCUGGCCCAACAAGCACACCCUCAGAAUCUUACAAGAUUUCAGCCAAGAGCCCAACUCGAACCUGAGCUCGCAGUCUCUGGAGAAGGCGGCGGCCACCGGAGACAAGACGGACAUGAUCCGAGGAGCGAAGCAGCGCGCGGCGGACUUCGAGAGCCAGAGGAGUCUGAUGAAGGAGGCGCCGAAUGGAGGCAAGCAGGCGCACGGGGGCGCAUCCAGACUCGCUGCCCUUUACCAACACCCGCUUUAUAACACCGAGCUGCCGCCGCUCACCGACGACGACACGCUGUUUAACGUCAACACGGACAUACGCUUUUAUUCCAAAGCCACCGGAAAUCAAGAAUGGCAUCAUGAGGGAAAUGAGGAAGAGGAGUACAACCCGACCGGGGAGGCCGCUGCUGAGUCAUAUCCCAACUGGCUUCGUUUCCACAUUGGGAUUAAUCGUUAUGAGCUUUACUCCAGGCACAACCCUGUAAUGGAGGCUCUGCUCAAAGACCUGCAAGCCCAGAAGAUCACAAGCGUAGCUAUGAAGUCUGGUGGCACUCAGCUAAAACUCAUCAUGACAUUUCAGAAUUAUGGCCAAGCUCUCUUCAAGCCGAUGAAGCAAACCAGAGAGCAAGAGACUCCCCCAGACUUUUUCUACUUCUCUGACUUUGAGAGGCACAACGCUGAGAUUGCAGCAUUUCAUCUUGACAGAAUUCUGGAUUUCCGACGGGUUCCACCAGUGGCUGGCAGACUAGUAAAUAUGACGCGGGAGAUUCGAGACGUGACCCGGGACAAGAAGCUCUGGCGGACAUUCUUUAUCUCUCCAGCCAACAACAUUUGUUUUUAUGGUGAAUGCUCAUACUAUUGCUCGACUGAACAUGCCUUAUGUGGCAAACCUGACCAGAUUGAGGGCUCAUUGGCUGCCUUUCUGCCUGAUCUAGCCCUUGCCAAGCGCAAGACCUGGAGGAACCCCUGGCGCCGCUCAUACCAUAAGCGCAAGAAAGCUGAGUGGGAAGUGGAUCCAGAUUACUGUGAUGAAGUAAAGCAGACUCCACCCUACGACCAUGGCACUCGUCUGCUGGAUAUCAUGGACAUGACCAUCUUUGACUUCCUAAUGGGAAACAUGGAUCGUCACCAUUAUGAGACUUUUGAGAAGUUUGGCAAUGAGACAUUCAUCAUCCAUCUGGACAACGGCAGAGGAUUCGGAAAACACUCACAUGAUGAAAUGUCAAUCUUGGUGCCCUUGAGUCAGUGCUGCAGGGUAAGGAGGUCCACCUAUCUACGGCUUCAGCUGCUGGCUAAGGAGGAAUACCAGCUAAGUUUGCUGAUGGAGGAGUCUCUUUUGCGUGACCGCCUUUCUCCUAUCCUCAUUAGACCGCACCUGCAGGCUCUGGACCGGCGCCUGCGCCUAGCGCUAAAUGUGCUGACCGAAUGUGUGGAAAAGGAGGGCUACAGCGCUGUAGUUGAGGAUGACAUGGAGCACCGUCAGACCUCUCGGACAAGGUAGUGGAGACAGGACCUACACCAUGAGCCUCGUGCAUGUCGUGCUUGAGACGCGUGUUUGAAUUCAGUGAAUUCCAAGAGACUCACCACCAAUGCCUCUGAAUUGCCACUCUGCAUAUGGAAAAUAUAUGUCUGGUAUGUCUACAGAUGUCUGCAGAAGUUACAGAUACAGAACUUUUGCUCGUUAUGUGUAGACAUGCUCCCCACGUACUUUAGACCAGAGGCAUUACGGAAAAGAGGUCCAUUUUCUUUCCUUUUGAUGCUACCCACAAGCACACGGGAUUGUAUUUUAUGUUCAUUACAUUUCGUUCUUUUUACUUUUGAAGUCCAAGGCUUGCAUUGUAGCCAGUGGUGAAAGCUGCAGCACAUGUUGUUUUGUUACACCCUUCUUUUUAUUACACUGUUGGUUGUGCAAAACUAAUUUAUUAAUUAUUGCAGAAUAUUUUCAUCAGUUCAGAAUAUUAAUGAAAUGGGAGAUGUACAAAGAUGUAAAGUAGAAGCACAUAGAGACUGUUGACCAGGAAUACAGUGAUCACCUGCUUUGUUGCUUGAGAUUUACCUGCCUUUAAAAGCCUGUUCCUUGAUCCGGUGAAAAUGGCCUGGUUUCCUGGAGCAGGUGUGUUAGAUAAGGUUUCAGACUGAAUUUUGUUCAAGGAGCAGGGCUGAUGAUUACCGUAUUAGGCAACAUGAGACUGGUAGAGGAGGUGAACUUUAUUUACUACAGUUAGCAUAGGAUUAUAGAUAUAUUUAUGGUUGCUGAAUUCUUUUCUACGCAGCCAACGGUGUGUGAGAUAUUUUGCCUAAAGAUCCUUUUAAGCUUUAAGAGUAGUGCUGCAGUGCAGCGCUCCUCCUGUGAGGGCCCAUAUACAACUUGUCUCCUCUCUGUGUGUGACCUGAUUUGGUUUUCCUAAUCAUUUUCCAAAGCUUACACAGACACAUCUGUAAAUCGGACUAAAUCCAGUGCAAUCCAGUGUUAUGUUUUUUUUAUUUUUUUUAUUCCAUGUUGUGAACUCUGCACUUCCUUUCUCAUUAGAGUUAUUCAGCGCUGGAGUGAGUGUGACAUUUUGGGUUAUUCAAAAGUGCACUCUUGGUAAGAACUUGGUGGAAGAGUGCAGAAUGACUCUAAUUGGGGUUUUUUGUGUUGGCAUUGACUCCAGUCAGCGACACCAUGCUGAAUGCACCUGUUUCCCCGUGGCAUGGGGAGUUCUGCUACUACAGAUGCAACGCUGCCACUGCUUGUUAAUUCUGUGUCCUUUUUCUCUGCUCCACAUGUGCAAAGAGAUCCUUUCUUACUGGCUGCACUUUUGGGUUUUUUUGUUGUUUUUUUUUUUGCCACAAAUGAAUUAGUAAGCAGAAUUCACAGCUCUGCAUCAGUGUAUAUAAUGCGUUCAUGUUUUUGUAUAAUAAAACAAAUUAUCUGUAUGCUAAGUUUGUUACUAGACAUUUCUCUGACUUAUGGCUAUAUCAUAGUCACUGCAAAUGUUUCAGUCACUUUUUAUUUCUUUUUGACAGUUAAGUGUCACCAGAUAUACAGUACGGCUUUUCAUUUUGACUGAAAUCACCAGUUCUGAAUUGUUUCUGAAACUAUGGCCAAAAGGCAAGAGAGUGCCUUUAUCAUUCCUCAUACUGAAACUAAGAAAAGUAAGAUUUCUUUUUCAUUUUAUUUUAAAACUAUGACACUGUCGGCCAUAUUCAGAGUUUAAAAUUAAUUUAAGAUUGAACUUGGGUGUGUUCUUUCUUAUCAGCAGGUGCAAAGAAUUAGCCAAAACAUUGGCAAUAUUUAUUUAAUAUUGAACACAAACUAGAAAAAAUUUGGUGUUAUAGAUUAUAUCAUUGAUCCAAUACAUUUUAUGUGUGAUAACCUGAACUCAAUUUAGUAUCAUAGUAUUGUUCAUAAUGAAUUAGGUGUAGCAUCUCAUACACUUGCCAGGGAGAGACGAAGGAAGGACAGAAUAUAAAUUAGGAUGUGCUGAAUCAAGUGCUAUUUUAUAAGCUACUGGAAGCAUUUUGUUAAAUUAAGGCAAAAUUAAAUUUUUUUUAUUUGAUAUCACAAUAGUAAUUUUUUAUUUAGUUUUCAUUUGAAAUUCUUUUAACUAAAGAAAUGUAUUUAUUCCACAAUUCUAUUACUAGGCUAGUGCUUUUGUUUACUAUUGGUGGUGGUGUUGAAAAUAUUGCAAAUCCAGUCUCAGACACUUUUAUUCAAGAAAAAUCUGGCAACCUCCAAGGCAUUGACUACAUGCAGGUAAUUUGCCUUAACUGAAUUGGACAGCAAAAAAUGUUUACAUAAGCAUAUGCUUAAAUUUCCCGACUUGGAUUUAAUUUGGCAACUCUAAAUAUGGCCUUAGGUGCACUUGUGUUGUUUUAUUUUCAUAUCUAAAAAUGAUGCAUUUGUGCAAGAUUUUGUUUCUCAUUUGAAAUGAACAUUGAGACAGUAUAAAAAAUGCUAUAAUUUAAACACCAACCUACAAAAAUAUGAAUGAAAAAUCAGUGCAUUUGUGUGUUUCCAUGUAAACUCAGUGCCUGUGCAAUGAUAGAGUUACUUGAAUGUGUCGGGAUUCAUCACAACUGGACCUACAAACCCUGAGCUCUGGACUCAGACUGGCAACCUGAGGGGAUUGUGCAUUUCUCAUCAGGGAGGAGGUGAGAUUUCAGAUGAGCUGAGUAAGCUGGAAUAAGUCCCUAUGCUUUCAUUGUGUAUGUGUAAAUAUCUAUUAAUACUCUACACUGAACCCAAGGCUGCAUUCAACAGCCAAAAUGCUUCUGGGUUAUUUUUUCCUUCUCUCUUAACGCAUUGUUACUGUGAAGACUUGUUUGCAAAAGAUAAUGGUGUGCAAUAAAAAAUUAAGAUGUUGAA